AAACCGCAAAUUUCUGUUUUAGCCUUUUAGGUGACAGCUCCCGGCGAGUGUUGACCAAUCGAGACAAGUAGUGCCACGUAGGCACCCUCUUCUUUAAAUAUGCUCCCGACCUUUGACUUAUCCAGUCCAAUUCUCUAGAGUUUACUUGCAGACAACAUAAACAAAAAGAAAGAAAAGAAGUCUCGGCAAUGCAGAAUCUAACGGCGAGGCGACUCGAUCAGGGAAUCUCCGGCGAACAAAAUCAGCACGCGCCGCCACCGCUCACCUUCGAGCAGGAGUGCGCCGUCGUGGUCUCUGCCUUGAAGAAUGUCAUCAUCAACGGAAAUUACAGCAUUUGCUCGUCUUCAUUAUUAUCUCCUCCGGCGUUCUCCGCCGCCGGAGAAACAGAGACCCCUCUGCCGGCAGGGGAACCGCUGCUGAGCAUACCGGAAGGUUACACGUGUGGGGUUUGUAUGAUAUCCGGCUGCUUGGGCUGCAACUUCUUCGGAGAGCCAAGUGACAGUUCCCCGAAGAAAAAGAAGACGGAGAAGAAGAAGAAGAAGAAGAGUUUCAGGGGAGUGAGACAGAGGCCGCAGGGGAAGUGGGUGGUGGAGAUAUGGGACCCGCGAAGGUUGGGUAAAGUGUGGCUCGGAACAUUCAAGACCGCAGAGGAGGCUGCUCGAGCUUACGAUCGAGCAGCCAUCGAGUUCCGGGUCCCACAGAUCAAGCUCAACUAUGCGUUCACGGAUUAUAUGACGACAAGCUCCCAUCCAGUCCAGCCGGCGCAGUCAUUGCAUGAAGAAAACAAUAACAAUGUUGGGAAGAUGGAGGUGGGGAAGAGUGCAAAUGAAGAAGAUGAAGUGUUUGAGUUGGGGGAUGAAGAAAUGGAAGAAUGCUUGAGGACAAUGGCUCUUCUUAGCUAGUAGCUAGUCCUUAAUUACAAAUAAAUUACUCCAUACGUAUGUGAUGGAUUUUUGCUAUUUCGGGGCACCUACCCGAUGAACUCGGCAUCGUAUUCAUAUAAAAUUUGAGAAUUAAAUUAUGAAUCAAAUAAAGAAAAUAUUUUUAAGUAGAAUUGGCCCACCAAAUCAGGGGAAAAAAAUAAUCGGACUUUUAGGCAAUACCUUUUAGGUUAGGUAU